AUGUCUCAGCUAAUCUCACAGAUGAUCUCAGCUAAUCUCACAGAUGAUCUCAGAAACCUGGGGAAGCUCCGUCACCUUACUCUGAAGGACACGUGGUUAACCAGCUCACUACUCUCACAGGCUCUGGUCAACAUCAUCCAGUCUCCACUGCAGACUUUAUCGUUUCUGAAUUGUUCAUUUAAAGAAGACUCGAAGGGCCUUGAAAUCCUCUCUGUCCCUGACCUCAAGCUUAUUGUUAGAAAUAACAAGUUAAGGAGCCUUAACACAAUAAUUCACUACAUAAAUCUCCUCUUCAUACAUCUAGAGACUUUGGAUCUGAGUUUCAACCCCAUCGAGCUGCCUGACCAUACAAAGGUGAUUUGGCCUUCGCACCUGAAAAACCUCUCAUUGAGUGGGAACCUCCUUGGGAAUCACCUGUUUGAUCAUCUCUCUCCACACUUUGUCAGCCUCAAUCUGACCCACACGGAUAUCACAAGUGUGAACACAGAUGCUCUCCAGCCCAUGAAGGACCUCAAGCAGCUCCACAUGGGCUCCAACGCAAUUCGAGAACUUCCCCCUGACCUCAUGUUACCGGCCCUAGAGGAGCUGCAUGUGGACCGCAACAGUAUCAGCACAUUCAAGCUUGAGACUUUCAGAGGACUGCCGAAGCUGGAGAAACUUAAUGGUGCAAACAAUCCAUUUGUUUGUGACUGUAACCUCUACUGGUUUGUGCGUGACUUUAAUAAAACAUUGCUGGUGGAUUGGCCAGCGGCGUAUAACUGCUACUCCCCCACCCACCUCAGCGGAACACUGCUCAAGGAUUUUCAUCCCAGUCAAGUGGCUUGUGACCCACUGAGCAUGUUUGCCAUUUGUUUUACAGUAGUCUUGUUGGUGUUGAUUUCUUGUGGAAUUGUGUUUCAUUUCAUGGAUGGAGCCUGGUAUGUGCAGAUGCUAUGGAUCUGGCUGAGAGUUAAACAGAGGAGUCGGAAUAAAGACAGGAGUCUGGAAAGUUCCACUUUCAAUUAUCACGCCUUCAUAUCCUAUAGUGUAAAAGAUGCACAGUGGGUUCAGUCUGAAUUGGCGCCCCAUUUGGAGGCUUCACAUUUCCAACUGUGCCUCCAUGAGCGAGAUUUUGUCCCAGGCGAAUGGGUCAUUGACAACAUCAUCAACUGUGUUGAGAGCAGCUACAAGACAGUGUUUGUACUGUCACAGAGCUUCGUCCACAGCGAAUGGUGCAACUACGAGCUGUUCUUUGCACAGCACCGGGCCAUCGGUGUUCAAAGGGACUCCCUAGUGUUGAUUCUGCUGGAGCCCAUCCCGCCAGACUCUCUUUCCAGAAAGUUCCUGCGCUUGCGAUCCUUGCUCAGGCAACAGACUUACUUGCCGUGGCCCCAAGAGGAGCCUAAACGGCAGCUGUUCUGGGCCAGUUUGACAGCCAUGUUGAGGACUGGAGAUAAGACUGUGGUUGCAGACAAGAGUGCAGUUUUGCAGCAAGUGGCAGGAGACAUAGCAGAUCUGUGCCAUAAUGAAACAGAGUAUGCAGAUCAUGAUCAGUUAUUGAAAGACUGAAAUAUUAGAUAUAAAUGCAUGAAUGUGUAUAAUAUUAUUUAUGUUGUGCCUUGCCAAUAUGCAUAAUGUUUGGAAAUCCAGUCAUAAAGAGGAAUUCCGGUGAUUUUUCACAUAGAAAAGGCUGGCAGCUACAGCAAUACAGCUCUGGGGGCAUGUUCGUGAGAACCCAUUUUCAUAUCUUUAGAGUUUAGUGCUGCCUGGAAAUCACUGGAAUUCCCCAAUAAAGGCCCAUUCACACCAAGAACGAUAACGAU